GGCUAUGGCAAGCCGCACAAUCGAGGCGUGCCCUUAUCCAAAAUGGCUUCUCGGAAAAGACCAAUGGGGGAAGCUUUGCCCCUAACAAAAAGGGCUCCGGGGGCUUUGUGCGAGCUUCAUUUUCCGCCGUGCGCAUGCUCGAAGUUCACGCGAGCUGGGUUUUGCCUCGCGACCCGGGGAGGUUCUUUCCCGGGGAGGAUGGCGGCUUGUGCGGCAGGCAGACGAGCAUGGAGCUGGACGGGGGUCGCCCCUCUUCUGGCGGGGCUCUGCAGACAGAUCCACAGGACGCCCGUCCCACUCACGUGUCUACGGCUUGAAGCGCCUUUUGCUCCACGUGUGCGUCCCCGAAGAAGCUACCCGGUGUUCCUGCUGAGACCAGCGAGCCGGUGUCAGAGCACAGCUGCUGUUGCAGGUACACAGGUUGUUCAGGCUGCAGCCUCCCCACCUGCAGAGGGCACUGUCUCUGCAGGGGAACUUGGCCAGGCCGUCCAGGAGCUGAGCUUUGAAGAGCUGGGCCUGGGCGCCUACACUCCCGUGGGUCUGAUCCAGAACAUCUUGGAGUCCCUCCACGUGGAUCUGGGACUCCCGUGGUGGGGAGCCAUUGUAGCAGGGACGGUGGUCGCCCGCUGCUUGAUUUUUCCACUCAUCGUCAAGGGCCAGCGAGAGGCGGUGAAACUCAACAACCACCUGCCCCAAAUUAAUCAACUGACCAGCCGCCUGAACGAGGCCAAGCGUAUGGGGAAUAAGUUUGAGUUUGCAAAGGCUUAUUCAGACCUGGCCCUCUACCAGAAGACCCAUGAUGUGAACCCUCUGCGUGGGUUCCUCGUGCCCCUUGUUCAGGCACCCAUUUUCAUCUCCUUCUUCAUUGCCUUGCGCAAAAUGGCGGAACUUCCUGUGCCCAGCCUGCAAACCGGAGGGCUUUGGUGGUUCAUGGACCUCACGGCUGCUGACCCUUAUUAUGUCUUGCCUCUGACGGUGACGGCCACCAUGUGGGCCAUUUUGGAGCUGGGAGCGGAGUCGGGAGUGUCCAAUCCAAACCUGCAGAUGAUGAAGACGGUCUUCCGGGUCAUGCCUCUUAUCAUCCUUCCUCUCACCAUCUCCUUCCCGACGGCCAUCUUCACCUACUGGCUGACGUCAAACGUGUUCUCGCUGGUGCAAGUGGGCGUGCUGCGUGUGCCCGCGGUGCGUGCCCGCCUCCGCAUCCCCGACCGCGUGGUACAUGACCCGUCUGUCCUGCCUGCCCAGGAGGGCUUUGUGAAGAGUCUCAAGAAAGGAUGGAAGAAUGCACAGCUGGCUCAGCAGCUGGAAGAACGGGAGCGGCGCAUCAAGCACCACCUGGAUUUGGCCGCUAAGGGGCCCUUGCGCCAGACCUUUCCCCACAAUCCUUUGCAGCAGCACGAACCUUCUGUUACGAAGCCGAAGCCCCCUAAAAGGCCAUGGGAAGAUACGUUGGGCUGAACGCCAGCACCCUGUUCAAAGCAAAGACUUGCCGUGGGGGCAGAGGAUUCCGUCCCCCGACCCUCUGGCUCUCUGAGCUUUAAUAAUAAAGGACUUGGACGUUC